AAAAAGGGCAAUUUGAAACAGACGAAACCUCGAAGAAGAAUGGCUUCUGCUAUGCACCAACAUUUUAAAGAUUAACUACGUGCAAAGAAAGAGCGAGCUAGUGAUGGAGCGAGAGAUUGGAGGGGCACAGCCAGGCAAAGCAAUGAGAAGAGCAAAGCAUGUCACGGAAGCUGUUCUACGCUGUGUGAUUCUACUCAUCAUCCAGAGUACAGAAAGUAUACGGGUGAUUGGAGGAAGCAGCACUGUGGUACAGGGAGAGGAUGUGGACUUAUCCUGCAGACUGCUAGAGACAGACGAGGAGGUUGAACAGAUAACAUGGCAGAAAAGUACUCUGGAAGAACCAGAGAACCAUAAUUUCUUGCUUAUUUUUCCCAAUGGGGUUACUGAUUUUAUUGCAUCAAAUGGACUGGCAGGUAGAGUCCAGUUUAUUGGGAACUCAAAAGAAAACCUUGGAUCUAUUCGAAUAACAGCUGCCAGACUGUUGGAUGAAGGCACCUUCACAUGCAUCUUCAGUGUUUUCCCCAGUGGAGCAUACAAUACAGAGAUAACUCUUACUGUGCUAGUUCCUCCAGUGGUGAGUGUUACAGUUGGUGUCCCUCCUGUCGUUGGGGAGAAUGAGGUUUUCUUUGCAACCUGUUUGGCUGCUGGUGCCAAGCCACAGGCAGAAGUGAGGUGGAACACGGAUGCAUUCGGCAGUUUAUUGAGGACAGUGACCAACUCCACCCAGCACGCCAACGGCACCACCACGGUAGUCAGCCACCUGCUCGGGGUGCCAACCAGAGCAGCCAAUCAGCAGCAGGUUCAGUGUGUGGUCAACCAGUCUGCCAUGACAACAGAGAGGACCCUGACCUACACAAUCGACAUCCACUAUCCACCUCAGACAGUGAACAUUACCCUUAGUGAGGCCUCCCAAGCCACAGUGUUCCUAUGUGUAGCAGACAGCAACCCAAAAGCCAACUACACCUGGACCAGAGUGGGCCAGCCAUGGCCUCAGUCUGCAGUGAGAGCAGAGGGAGACACACUGCACUUCAUAAGUCUCAGCUCUGAGCUGAAUGGCCUUUACGCCUGUGAGGCCUCCAACCCUUACGGACAAGCAACUGGCACUCAAUAUGUGCACAUCGCCUCCAAUACCUCUGCUGCCUGUUGGGUUCUACUUGUUGUCAUUAUGUUUCUGACUGUUGCUGCUGCUGGACUCCUAUGGUAUCGGUGCAAAUACGGAAAAUGUAUUUGGAGUUCAGUCAUGGGUGAUCACCAGUUCGAGGCACCAUCACAGGUUGAGGAAGAUGAAGGUGAGCUAUAAACCAGGAGGGCAGAUAAGGAAGAAAGUUCAUAAGGAUAAGAGAGGGAACAGUUGGAUGAUCAAUUCUCAUGUCCUAGGCUUCAAAGCAUCUCCUUGUUUGCAUCACCUACUGGUAUGGCAACUGCUCGGCAUCGACCGCAAAGCGCUACAAAGAGUACAUCAUUGGCCCAAGCUUUCUCCGAUCCAGGACGUCUAUACCAGGCAGUGUCAGAGGAAUGCCCUAAAAAUGUACCCCCUGUACAUAGCCUCAUUAUUGUUAUUUGUGGC